GCCGCCUCUCUGUUUUUUUUUUCACGAUUUUCUACUCUUUUACUUGUGUUUUUAACGAUUCCUUCUCAGUUAUGUUAGAUUUUCAUUGUGAUACAUGAUUCUAAGCUCAAAAUUCAGAAAAAACUUGACUUUUCGUUGUGCCUCCAAAUCGCUACGGUGGGAGAACGAUCAGCGUUUAACCGCCGAGUAACUGGUCAACACGGCCGCGUUUUUGAACAUGACAACUAACCUUUUUUAUUCUUUUCGACAAAAAUAAAAAACGAAACCUGACCCUAAACCUUGCCUCCGCCUCCAUCUCCGGUGAUUACUCCGGCCAGUCGUUCGUCCAUCUCGGGAACCAUCUCGUUCUCGUUUCACUCAGUGGGUUUUCACCUUUGUGGGUGAACAAGGCAUUAGAAAUGAGUAGUAUGUUUCUAGCACGUCGUUUGGUAACUAGAUGCUUCUCCUCCCGUCCUCCUCUCCACGUCUGCAUUGUUGGCAGUGGACCUGCUGGUUUCUAUACUGCCGAUAAGUUAUUAAAGGCACACGAAGGAGCACGUAUUGAUAUAAUUGAUCGAUUGCCCACACCUUUCGGUCUUGUUCGGUCUGGUGUUGCCCCUGAUCAUCCUGAAACUAAGAUUGCCAUUAAUCAGUUUUCUCGCGUCGCACAACACAACCGUUGCGCUUUUUAUGGGAAUGUAAAGCUUGGUUCCGACCUAUCACUUUCUGAGCUGCGGGAUUUGUAUCACGUGGUUGUACUUGCAUAUGGUGCUGAAAGUGACAAAAAUCUUGGCAUUCCAGGUGAGAGUUUGGGUGGUAUAUACUCUGCAAGAGAAUUCGUUUGGUGGUAUAAUGGGCAUCCCGACUACAGCAGUUUGAAACCGGACUUGAAAAGCUCUGACACAGCUGUCAUUCUUGGCCAGGGUAAUGUAGCUCUGGAUGUUGCUCGGAUUCUCUUAAGACCGACAACAGAGUUGGCGUCAACUGAUAUAGCUACACAUGCUCUAUCUGCGCUAGAAGAAAGUUCUAUAAGGAAGGUGUAUCUUGUUGGAAGACGGGGGCCAGUUCAAGCAGCAUUGACUGCUAAAGAGCUUCGAGAAAUUCUAGGGAUUAAGAACUUGCACAUUCGAAUAAAGGAAACUGACUUGACUGUAACUCCUGCUGAUGAGGAAGAAAUGAAAAACAGUAGAGCCAGGAAGAGGAUCUAUGAACUGCUGUCAAAGGCAGCAGCAGGAACAUCCAAAGGAGACUGUGAUCAACGAGAACUUCACUUUGUUUUCUUCCGCCAACCUGAGCGAUUCUUAGAGUCAGAUGAAAGCAAGGGUCGUGUUUCUGGUGUAAACUUGGAGAAAACCAUCCUUGAAAGUGGUGGAAGCGGAAAGCAAAUUGCAGUUGGUACAGGGGAGUUUGAAGAUAUUAACUGCAGUAUGGUGCUGAAAGCCAUUGGUUACAAGUCGGUUCCAAUCGACGGUUUACCCUUCGAUCACAAGAAAGGCAUUGUCCCGAAUGUAAGAGGUCGAGUGGUUAGUGGAGACAUUUCACAGACAGAGCCAGGCUUAUACGUAUGUGGAUGGCUCAAAAGAGGACCAGUAGGCAUAAUUGCCACAAACCUUUACUGCGCCGAAGAAACAGUUGGUAGCAUAAGCCAAGACAUUGAAGAAGAAGAAGAAGGUGUUGUUGGUAAGAGCGAGAAAGCAGGAAGGAAAGGACUGGUGCAGUUGCUUGAGAACAAAAUGGUGAAAAAGGUAGACUUUAGUGGGUGGGAGAAGAUUGAUGCCAAAGAAAAACAAAUGGGUAUUGAGAGAAAUAAACCCAGAGAAAAAUUAGUUACAUGGGAGGAUCUUUUAGCAGCAUCAUCAGCAGACAGCUAGGAUUUUUUAGCAUUUAUCUGGCUGAUUUAUUGAAUUAUUAUUUUUUGUCUACAAAAUGAAUAAGCGACUUAGAACCAUUCGGUUAACCCAGUCGGUGGAUCUUUAAAACU